UGGAGCCCGGCCGCCGCGGGGACAUGCCGGGGCUCCUCAGCGGGGACCGGCGAGCGUGAGCCGCGGCCGGGAGGCCGGCCGGGACAGAGAGCGGAAUGUCAUCUGCGGAAUCACGCCAGGAGCAGUUGUCCCCAUCAGCUCCAUCACCGGCACCAAGCUCAUGUAGUUCCUUUGAGCUCAUAGACAUGGAUGCUGCCAGCUUGUAUGAACCAGUUUCUCCACAUUGGUUUUAUUGUAAAAUAAUAGAUUCUAAGGAGACAUGGAUUCCUUUCAACACUGAGGAUUCACAGCAACUAGAAGAGGCAUAUGACUCUGGAAAAUAUUGCAAUGGGAGAGCUGUUCCCACUGAUGGAGGCAGAUAUGAUGUUCAUUUAGGGGAGAGGAUGCGGUAUGCCGUGUACUGGGAUGAACUGCCAUCGGAAGUGAGACGAUGUACCUGGUUCUACAAGGGAGACAAAGACAAUAAAUAUGUCCCCUACUCAGAGAGCUUCAGUCAAGUUCUAGAGGAAACGUACAUGCUUGCUGUAACUCUGGAUGAAUGGAAAAAGAAACUGGAAUCUCCCAACAGAGAAAUUAUUAUUUUACACAAUCCAAAGCUAAUGGUGCAUUAUCAGCCAAUUGCAACAUCCGAUGAGUGGGGUUCAACACCUACUGAGCAAGGUCGACCAAGAACCGUGAAGAGAGGAGUUGAGAAUAUCUCUGUUGACAUUCAUUGUGGGGAACCUUUACAGAUAGACCACUUGGUUUUUGUAGUCCACGGGAUUGGACCAGCUUGUGAUCUUCGCUUUCGAAGCAUUGUGCAGUGUGUUAACGAUUUCCGCAGUGUUUCUUUGAGCUUGCUACAGACACAUUUUAAGAAAGCCCAAGAAAAUCAGCAGAUUGGAAGAGUAGAAUUUCUUCCAGUCAACUGGCACAGCCCUUUGCAUUCUACUGGUGUGGACGUAGAUCUGCAGAGGAUAACCCUACCCAGCAUUAACCGCCUUAGGCACUUCACUAAUGACACCAUCCUGGAUGUCUUCUUCUACAAUAGCCCCACCUACUGCCAGACUAUUGUGGACACAGUAGCUUCUGAAAUGAACCGAAUAUACACACUUUUUCUGCAGAGGAACCCUGAUUUCAAAGGGGGUGUAUCCAUUGCUGGUCAUAGUUUAGGUUCGCUUAUAUUGUUUGAUAUCCUAACAAAUCAGAAAGAUUCUUUUGGGGAUAAUGAGAAUGAAAAGGGUGCACAUAAUAUUGUUAUGGACCAAGGAGAUAUGCCAACAUUAGAAGAAGAUUUGAAAAAACUACAACUUUCUGAAUUCUUCAAUAUCUUUGAGAAGGAGAAAGUAGAUAAAGAAGCUCUGGCUUUGUGUACAGACAGAGAUCUUCAGGAGAUGGGAAUUCCCUUAGGACCAAGAAAGAAGAUAUUAAAUUAUUUCAGGACAAGGAAAAAUGCAAUGAGUUUUCAUAGAACCACCAUGUCAGCUUCAGAGGCAAGCAUGCCCAAGGAGUCUGAAUGCUGCAGUGGUGCCAAGGACGCUAAAGAGGAUGACUGUUUAGACAUUGGCAUUGGGCAGGUGUCUGUAAAAUACCCUCGGCUCAUUUACAAACCAGAAAUAUUCUUUGCCUUUGGAUCUCCCAUUGGAAUGUUCCUUACAGUCCGAGGAUUGAGAAGAAUUCAUCCCAGUUAUAAAUUUCCAACAUGCAAAGGUUUCUUCAAUAUCUAUCACCCUUUUGAUCCUGUGGCCUAUAGGAUUGAACCAAUGAUAGUUCCAGAAAUAGAAUUUGAGCCAAUGCUUAUUCCACAUCACAAAGGCAGGAAGCGGAUGCACUUAGAACUGAGAGAGGGCUUGACCAGGAUGAGUAUGGACCUUAAAAACAACUUGCUGGGGUCACUGCGGAUGGCCUGGAAGUCUUUUACAAGAGCUCCGUACCCUGCUUUACAAGCCUCUGGAAAAGCAGAAGAACCUGAAGCAGAAUGUGAUUCAAGUUCAGAGAAAGCCAGUGUUCUUCCACAUUUGGAUGUUAACCCAGAAGAGACUCUUGAGGCAGUUAAAGAAGAAGUGCCACCCAUCAAUGUAGGGAUGCUGAAUGGAGGCCAGCGCAUUGACUAUGUGUUACAGGAGAAACCCAUUGAGAGUUUUAAUGAAUAUUUAUUUGCUUUACAAAGCCAUCUGUGCUACUGGGAAUCUGAAGAUACAGUUUUGCUGGUCCUCAAAGAGAUCUACCAAACCCAGGGGAUCUUUCUUGAUCAGCCCUUACAGUAAAAACAAUCCAUCUGUAGCUGCUUAAUACAGACUUUGAGGAAUUCUUCCUGUGAAAAUCCACCUGUUUGUUGCUGCAUUCUUCUUCUCAGCUACAUAUUUCCUGCAUGUCGCCUGCCACUUACUGACCAUUGAGUCUUGGGAAGAUAAUCUUCCUUUUAGGAAGUGAGCUUAAAAGUAAAGACAUUACUUUUA